AGAGCCUUGUACAGAAGAUUUCUCUCCCAAGCUUCCUCAAGAAACAAAGCUUAAACCCUAUUCCAGUCCACUAAAGCCCUUCUCUGUUUCUGAAAUACAAGCACAAACCGAAAAUGAAAAAGCUUCACUGCAUGAGCAAAAUCAUUCCCUCUCUGCCUCAAAACCCCCCAAGAAGUUCUAUAACUUUUGCUUCUCUCUUCUCUACCAAGACCCAGAACCCACCUUCUUCUUCUUCGUCUUCCACUUCUCUCUACAACCGAAUCCAAAUCAUCCGAAACCCGAACGUCUCAGUCAUUCCAGUGCUCGAGCAAUGGGUCAAUGAGCAACGACCCGUCAACCAGCAGGAAAUCCGAUCACUGGUUCGAAUCAUGAAGGACUUCAGGCGCUUCAAUCACGCGCUCGAGAUAUCUCAGUGGAUGACUGAUCGUAGAUAUUUCGAACUAUCACCAGUUGAUGUUGCGCUUAGGAUUGAAUUAAUUCACAGAGUUCGUGGACUAGAGCAUGCUGAAUAUUACUUUAAUAAUAUAUCAAACAAUCUGAAAACGGAUAGGAUAUAUGGUGCUCUUCUCAGUGGCUACGUUCGAGAGAAAUCCGUUGAGAAAGCUGAAGCCAUUAUGGAAAUAAUGAGAGAGAUGGAUAUGGCAGCAUCAUCAUUUCCUUACAACAUGUUGAUUAACCUUUAUUCUCAAACUGGAGAACACGAUAAAAUCGACAUGUUGAUGCAAGAGAUGGAAAGGAAGGGAAUACCUCAAGAUAAGUACACAUUGCUAAACCGAAUGGCUGCUUACAUUGCAGUAUUUGACAUUUCUGGGAUGGAAAGGAUUUUAAAUAGGAUGGAGGAGGAUAAGAACUGUUUUGUUAGUUGGAAAGUGUAUUCCAUGGCAGCAAGUGAGUGUCUGAAAGUUGGGUUGAUUGAAAAGGCUCUUGUAAUGCUGAAAAAAAUGGAGGAAAACAUGCCCCUUCUGAGGAGGAAACUGGCAUUAAAGUUUCUUCUUACUCAUUAUGCAAACACUGGCCUUAAGAAGGAGCUUUACAGAGUCUGGAAUACGUACAAGCCAUCAAAAGAACAAAUAGAUGGACCAAUAGAUAAACAAUAUGCCUGCAUGGUUUCAUCUCUUGCAAAGCUGGGUGAUAUUGAGGGGGCUGAGAAGAUCUUUCAGGAGUGGGAGACCCGAUGCACCUUGUAUGACUUUCAGGUAUUGAAUAGCCUUCUUGCUGCUUACUGCAAAAACGGUCUCUUCGAUAAGGCAGAAUCAGUUGUAGAGAAGGCUGUAGAAGGAAGAACACCUUAUGCCAGUACAUGGGCUGUGUUAGCCGUAGGUUACAUGGAGGAUAAGAAUAUGCCCAAGGCAAUUGAGAUGUUGAAGAAGGCACUGUUGGUUGGAAGACAAGGUUGGCGACCAAAUUCUAUUACUUUGUCCAACUGUCUCGAUUACUUAGAAGAGCAAGGGGAUAUUGAAGGAAUGGAAGAAUUCUUAAGACUUUUAAAGAACUCGGGCCCUUUGAGCAGGGAUAUGUACCAUAGUUUGCUGCGGACAUGUGUCAGAAAUGGAAAAUCAGUUUCUGAGUUUCUUGAUCAGAUGAAAAUUGAUGGCUUCACUGCUGAUAAGGAAACAGAGAAGAUCCUUGAAAACUUCAAGGAACUCUAGCAAUGGGUGGGCCUAAGAGGUUAUAGCUGGUUCAAGAGACCUCAAAAUUCCUGUUUGCCAUGCCAUCAAUAUACAAUUUUGGUUUCCCUCUUUCUUUUCACCAUGGCCUUUUGAUGGCUUGAUCUCACAUCUGCAUUGCGAAAUCAUUGGUGUAUGUUUUGAAAUGAAUUGAAACUUUUAUGUGACAGCUGAGAUGAGGUAUUGACUCUCAGAUUUUGAAUCUGUU